AUGAGGACUUUCCCUAAAAACAGAAGCUGCGAUGUUUACAGCGUAUCCGGUUUAGGACACUGUGGAGCCGCGGACUCACCUGGACAGGACGUUAAAGUUAAGGAGCCGUUCCAAACUCCGAGCGGUUCUAAGAGCGAGGCUCAGGCUGGGUCAGACAUCAAGCGGCCGGGGGACAGGAGAGCCAACUUCAGGGCAUGGCGAAAGUGGGCACUGGGUGCCGCCCCCCUCAUCCCUCUGUCCACUGCUGUUGCACUGACUCUCCAUUUCUUCGUGUCGUCUCCGUCUUCCACAGUGUUCUUCCUGGGAGGAAGCGUGGAGUUUUCCAACCUCAGCUUCUCCCCGGAGCUGGCCGAUCCUUCUUCUACACAGUUCCACCUCCAGUCUCAGGCCCUCAGCCAUUAUUUCUCAGAGUUGUACAAGUCAUCACCCUGGAGGCCAUACUACCGCCGCUCAGGGAUUGUCGCCUUUAGUGAAGGAGUGAACGGGCUGAACGUUUUCUUCUGGAGUAAGUUCUCUGCUCCAUCAGUGGCCAUUGCAGAGCAACUGCAGAGAUCUAAACCGGCCUGGUUGCAGCGUCAUCUUCCCGGCACCAACAAGGUUCUUUACAGCAGACUGGAGGAGCAGUAUUAUCUGGCCAAGGAUGAAGACACACUAAGGCUCCUGGGUGUGAAUUUAGAUAGUGAGGACGGCGAGGAUGAUGAUGAUGACAUGGCGGAUAAAAUCAAGAAUCCCAGCAAUUUGCAGAGUGGCAAGUGGCAGCUUGGUCUUCAGGCGAUGUCUUUCGAUCUUUACGCCAAAUAUGGGAACAACCGAACACUGAGUUUGGUGAGCCCAAAGAAACCGUAUUAUCAGUGGAGGCUUAGAGUUCCUUCUGGUCAUGUAGUACGUCUAGACGUAGUCACCCUGCAGGGGGCGACACCUGGUAGCUGUUCAGCCAACAAACUCUCCGCAUAUGAUUUCCUGCUCCCUCUUCAGAACAAAAUCAUUGCCAGGUGGUGUGGAUUGCCGGUGACUGGGUCGUCUCCAGUGAUGAAGUUGACAUCAUCUGGAAAUGUCAUGCUUGUCACUUUUUCGUUUAGUCGUCAGAGACAUGGCGCCAUCUUCAAGGCUUAUUUCCAGGCCAUACCAAAAGCCGAAUGCGGAGGCUUUCUGUCAGCUUGGAAUGGCACCGUGGUAUCCCCUUACUAUCCUGCCUACUACCCUCCAAACGUGGACUGUAACUGGAAGAUCAGGGCUCCGCUACCUGGCUACUUGCUAUCCAUAACCAUUGUGAUGCUGGAUAUUCAGGACUCACCCUCCACGAGCAGCUGCGAGAAAGACUGGCUGGAAAUCGGUGGUGUCAAACUGUGUAAUCCAAUUGGGGACAGCAGCAGGAAGAGGAUCUACUCUUCCCCUGUGUUACUGCACUUUCACUCCGACGAGUCUCUGACUCACAAGGGCUUUUACCUGGUGUACAGAGCCUUCUCCCCAGAGAGCACGUGUCCGAGGCAGUUCCGCUGUGGAGACGGGCGCUGUAUUCCUCUGAGGAAAGUGUGUGAUGGAGAGAAGGACUGUGCGGACGGUCGGGACGAGGCCAAGUGCUCGAUGUGCAAGCCGGGAGAGGUGUACUGUGGGAGUGGGCAGUGCAGACCACACGGGAGCCAGUGUAACCUGCAGGCUUGUGGAGACAGCAGCGAGGAAACUAACUGUGCAGGUAAAUGUUACCACAUGUGUUCGAACAAAAUAUGUCUGCCCAAGUCUUCAGUGUGUGACGGAGUCUUAGACUGCAAAGACCGCAGUGAUGAGCUCAACUGUACACGAGCAUUUAAAGGUUGCUCGCCUACGUCCUAUAAAUGUGCGAACGGCAAGUGUAUCGCGAAGGUGAACCCAGAAUGUGACGGCAUCAAAGACUGCAAGGACGGAUCUGACGAGCUACGCUGUGGGUGUGGCAUUCGACCGAGGAAACGGGCGAAGAUCGUGGGAGGGACAGAUGCUCAGGCGGGUUCAUGGCCCUGGCAGGUCAGCCUGCAGAUAGAGCGCUAUGGCCAUGUAUGUGGAGCGUCGCUGGUGAGCAGCCGCUGGCUCCUCUCCGCCGCUCACUGCUUUCAAGACUCGGACGCCAUCAAGUACUCAGAUGCUCGCGCCUGGAGAGCCUACAUGGGCAUGCGGGUCAUGAACUCGGUCAGUAACGCUGCUGCUACACGCCAGAUCCGCAGGAUAGUCCAGCACGCCCAAUACGAUCAGUUCACCUCCGAUUAUGACAUCGCCCUCCUGGAACUCAGUGCCCCUGUGUUCUUUAACGAUCUGGUGCAGCCUGUGUGUGUUCCAGCCCCAUCGCACGCCUUUACCUCCGGCACCAACUGCUUCGUCACUGGCUGGGGAGUCCUCAGUGAGGAAGGUGAGCUGGCCACCCUGCUGCAGGAGGCCACAGUAAGCAUCAUCAACCACAAAACGUGCAACAAGAUGUACGACGAUGCCGUGACUCCCAGAAUGAUAUGUGCAGGGAGCGUACAGGGAGGAGUCGAUGCCUGUCAAGGAGACUCUGGAGGGCCACUGGUGUGUCUAGAACGGGGUCGGAGGUGGUUCCUGGCUGGCAUCGUGAGCUGGGGAGAGGGAUGCGCACGGCAAAACCGGCCGGGGGUAUACACACAGGUGAUCAAGUUCACAGACUGGAUCCACCAGCAGACUAAAGGCCAGGUGUGACAUGUGACACAAAAAAACAGCUUGGAGUUCAUCAUGAUUUGCACACACACUGUCGUUCUUCACGGACAUCCACCCAGACGCUAUGGUGCGUAGUGACACCGCCACCCCGUCAAGGCCUCCUCUCAGUCCAGUCCUCCAGGCCUCAUCGUUCACCACCUCAUACACAAUGCUCGUUUUUUUUUUUUUAUGCAUAAUGCACAUUCAAAGCAUUGAACGACGGACAGUUAGUUUAGUACAUUAAUGCUCAAUUUAAAGACGUCAUAAUACGAGUGUUGAGUUAUGAAAAGAGUACUGCGUAUGCUGCAUCACUAGUAACAUGCAUUUAAUCUUAUCAACGACAUAAACGAUAUUUAUAGACUGAUAAAUAUACUUCCCUUAUUCAUAAACCAUUAAGAGUUAUAAAGGCCAUAUAAUUAACGUACUGUGAAAUUGCUUGCGUGUAAAUGAAUCAUAAGGAGCAAGCUGCCCGAGGAGUCACGGUGAAGGGAAAAACAACACAACCUGGUGAUUUACUGUUUCAGUAUCAUUUUUUUUUAGUAAUUGUCUUUUCAUAUUAAUAAUUUACUGCUUUUGAGCAAUAUUUGGUUUGAAUUUAUCACCCUGACUCAUGCGGGUAAAGAGAUUUCAUGAACCUGACAUAAGACAGGUUCUGUAGCAUGUACGUAACUACUCCAUUAAUGCUAUAACAUUAUUUAUCCUACACACGUGUUAUUUUUAAAUUCAAUUGUUUUACAACUCAAAUGUAGGAGCAAUUUCAUCAGAUUAGGAUGGGUGUACAGAUUGUUAAAGUGAGGGAGCAGGUUUGUUAAACUGAUUUAAGUCUCAUGUACUGCUGAUACUCGUUCCCACAUCGCCCCCUGUCGGUAAGAGGAAGCACUACAACUCCUUUGCAGGUCCCUUUUUCUCAUUUCCUUACUGUA